AUGGGAGCUGGUGAAGCCUUCAGAAGAGUUCUUGAAUGCCUUAGCUCUGGAAUACUUAUGCCAGAUGGUCCUGGCUUGUAUGAUCCAUGUGAAAAAAGAAGCCACUGAUGCCCUUGGUCACCUUGAAAGACAGCAGCGUGAAGAUAUUACCCACAGUGCACAGCAUGCUCUUAGAUUGGCAGCAUUUGGCCAGCUUCACAAAGUAUUGGGCAUGGAUCCCCUGCCUCUGCCCACAAAGUUGCCAAAGAAGACCAAACCUGACCCACCCAUUGAUUACACAGUCCAGAUUCCUCCCAGCACCACCUAUGUUAUGCCAGCUCUGAAGCGCCCCAUUGAGGAGGAUGGAGAAGACAAAUCGCCAAGUAAGAAGAAAAAGAAGAUUCAGAAGAAAGAUGACAAGUCUGAACCACCUCAAGCUAUGAAUGCCCUAAUGAAAUUGAACCAGCUGAAGCCAGGCCUCCAGUACAAACUGAUAUCCCAGACUGGACCAGUUCAUGCUCCCAUCUUUACAAUGUCUGUGGAAGUGGAUGAAAAGAGCUUUGAAGCCUCUGGGCCCUCAAAGAAGACUGCAAAGCUUCAUGUUGCUGUUAAGGUCUUGCAAGAUAUGGGCAUUCCUACUGGAAUGGAAGAGAAGGAAGAAGCUGCUGAGGAGACUGAACAGAAGCCUGUGGUCCAGACUCAGUCUCAGCCAGAAUCUGCACAGGGUGAUUCUGCCACUGGAGAGGCAGAGAGUGCUAAGCAGCAAGGACCUAUUCUCACCAAGCAUGGAAAGAACCCAGUUAUGGAGCUUAAUGAAAAAAGGAGGACCCCCCAUGAGGACUGAAAUAUGAGCUUAUAUCUGAAACUGGUGGCAGUCACGAUAAGAGAUUUGUAAUGGAGGUCGAAGUGGACAAUCAGAAAUUUCAAGGUUCUGGCUCUAAUAAGAAGGUUGCCAAGGCUUAUGCUGCACUUGCUGCCUUAGAAAAACUCUUCCCGGACUACAACAUGUACUCUGAGGCCCCCAAGAAAAAAAGACCACCAAUGAUGCCCAGGGGUGGUCCCAGAGGUGGAAAAGCUGGCUAUGACCAUAACCAAGGCUUUGGCAUGAUGUACAAUGAAGCUCCUCCACCACAACCCAUGCGUGGACGUGGAGGCAGAGGAGGAAUGAACCGCGGCAGAGGACGGGGUCGAGGUUUUGGUGGCGGCAACCAUGGUUACAUGAACUCAGGUGGCUAUGGAGGAGGCUAUGGUGGAAACUAUAAUUACCAGACUUCAGCGACAGCUGGAUACAGUGACUUUUUCACAGACUGCUACGGUUAUCAUGAUUUUGCCUCUGCUUAG